AUGUUUGUGAGAACCGGUGCUAUGGGAGCCCGUAUGUCUGGCAUGCAAGCAUCCGCUAGAAAUUAUGCCACAUUACGUGAAAUCGAAAUGCGUUUGAAGUCGAUCAAAAACAUUGAGAAGAUCACCAAGACCAUGAAGAUUGUGGCCUCGACCCGUUUGUCCAAGGCUGAAAAGGCCAAGGCCACUGCUAGAGAAUAUUCGGUCGCAGAAGAUGCAUUUUAUAAGAAUGCUGAAACCAAGGAUUUGCAAUCUGAAACUCCACGCGAACUUAUCGUGGCUGUCACCUCUGACAAGGGACUCUGUGGAUCGAUUCACUCGCAAUUGGCCAAAGCUGUGCGUAAGGAAGUGGCCAAGUCACCCUCGACGGACAUUGUGUGUGUUGGUGACAAAGUCAAGGCUCAACUACUAAGAACUCAUGGAGAUCGUAUCAAACUGGCCUUCAACGGUGUGGGAAAAGAAGCUCCAACUUUCGAAGAAUCGGCUCUUAUUGCCAACGAGAUCCUAAAGCUCGGUGACGGCUACUCCAAGAUCCACGUUGUGUACAACAAGCCAACUUCGUCGAUAUCGUUUGAGCCCACAGUCAAACCAGUUUACAACGUUGAAGCCAUCGAACAAUCGCCUUCGUUUGCCAAAUUCGAGAUUGAUGCUGACAACAAAGUUUCUCAAGACCUAUACGAAUUUACUUUUGCCAACCAAAUCCUCACAGCAAUGGCUGAUGGUUACGCUGCCGAGAUUUCUGCCAGAAGAAACGCCAUGGACAACGCUUCCAAGAACGCUGGUGACAUGAUCAACAAGUACUCCAUUCUGUACAACAGAACCAGACAAGCCGUUAUCACUAACGAAUUGGUUGACAUUAUCACUGGUGCUUCCUCUUUGGGUUGA